AUGGCGACCCCUGGGUCUGAGGACGCUUGUCCGGCUCCCUGGGUGCAGCUGGACUCCCCUGCUCGCCUCCUGCUCCAGGCGUUGCAGGCGGGGCCCGAGGGGACGCGGAGUGGCCUCAGGGUGCUGCGUACGCUGGCCCACCGCGGCGGGGAGCCCUUCUGCUGGGGCCGCUUCCUGGAGGGGCUGUGCCGGGAGGAGCUUGUUGUGGAUGGGCUGGACUGCCCCCUGAAGCUGAAGCCACUGCUGCUACAAUUGCCCCUCUUAUGUCGCAGGAACCUCAUGUCCCUGCUGAUGGCUGUCCGGCCAUCACUGCCGCAAAGCAAGCUCCUCUCUGUGCUUCAGAUUGUCCAACAGGACUCUGACCCUGACCCCUGGCUACGAGCCCUAGCAGAAUUGCUGCAAAGGGAUCUGGGAGUUGAGGUGUCCAUUGAGGGAGCAUCCCCACUCUCCAAAAGAUGCCAGAGUCAGCUUCGAAACCUGUGUAUGCAGUUGGGCCAAGGGGGCAGGGGGUUGAAGUUGCUUCAGACUCCAGACCCCAAAGAGGAAGAACAGAAGGAGGAGGAAGAUAAAGACUCUCAGCAGCUUGGAAAACGUAAAAAAGACCCAGAAGAAGAACCUACCAGCCCUGAGGGGGAGAGAUUCCCGAAAAGGUUUCGGUGUUUGGAAAAAGAAGAGGAAGAUCCUGCAGAGAAGAAGUCUGAAGAUGAAUCAUUGGACUCCUUGGCAGAUGGAGGAGGUGUAUCACCCAUUAGGAACCAGUCUAUUAUGGAGACUGAGACGAGUCUGGAGGAUGCCAAGGACCUAGUUCAGAAUUUGGAGUUGCCCAAAGCUGUCCAGGACCUGCUUUCUAGGCUGCAGCAGCUGCUGAAGACCUCUGAAGAGUCUCCCCAGGGAUUGGAAGACACCCCACCAGAUGAACUGCAGCUUCUCCAUGAAUGCAGUCCCUGCCAGGUGGACCUGCUGUGUGCCCAGUUGCAGCUGCCCCAGCUCUCAGACACAGGUCUCCUGCAGCUCUGCUCCUGGCUGCUGGCCAUUUCACCAGACCUCAGCUUCAGCACUGCUACCGUGCUGACCAAGAGCCUCUUUCUUGGACGGAUCCUCUCCCUAACCACCUCCGCCUCCCGCUUGCUCACCACUGCCUUGACCACCUUCUGUGCCAAGUAUACCUACCCCGUCUGCAGAGCCCUCGUUGGCCCUGUGCUCCAGGCCCCAGGCACAGGUCCAGCGCAAACAGAGUUGCUAUGCUGCCUUUUCAAGGCCGUGGAGCCAGACACGCAGGUUGUAAUGCUGGGACAGAUCUUGGAGCUGCCCUGGAAGGAAGAGACAUUCUUGGUGCUGCAGUCACUCCUGGAGCAGCAGGUGGAGCUGAGUUCUGAGAAGUUCAGUGUCCUGAUGGAGAAGCUCUGUGAAGAGGGACCGGCAGCCACCAAUUCCAUGGCCUAUGCUAAACUCAUGCUGACAGUGAUGACCAAGUAUCAGGCCAGUAUCACUGAGACCCAGAGGCUGGGCCUGGCCAGAGCCUUAGAGCUCAACACCACCUUCCUGAGGAAGUCCCUGCAGGCCGCUCUAAGGCACCUGACCUGA